AUGGCGAGCAGCACGGAGGAUUACGGGUCGGAGCUGCAGGAGUUGCAGUGGGGUGGUAGCACCGGGUCUCACUUCUUGCGCAAUGGUUCUCAAUUCAUGAGAAGCGGAACUGGUGCUUGCUAUGAGGCUGAGGACCUGGAACCGCAAAAUAGGCAUCAGAGCACCCAAAAUCGUGGAUACUACAGUCCCCCUGGAACCAGCUACACAAUUGUCGAAAGGCCUCCCAGUGCCCCCCAACAUCACUCCUCCCACACCACCCCUUAUCGGCACAGAGGGCACACUACUUCAACAGGACCCAUUUCGCCGGAACAAGUCAUUAGACUCUUCGGCACUGGACUCUCUUCCGAUAGGCGGAAAGGUGAUAGAAGAACUCCAGCUUCCAGUCCUGCUAGUGUUUCUGCUCUCAGGAGUUCCUCCUCUUCUUCACAGCAACAGCAACCGAACGCUCUAAGUCCUCAAACACCCCCAGGGCCGCAAGCCCUAAGUUUGCAGGAACUCACUGUGAGAACAGUAACAAUGACAAGAGAACCGCCAGAAUCUCACCAUGGCUUUGGCAUCUGCGUUAAGGGUGGCAAAGACGCCGAUGUGCAGUCAGGGGUGGGAGUCUACAUUUCGAGGGUGGAAGAAGGUUCGGUGGCUGAACGUGCUGGACUGAGGCCAGGAGACACCAUCUUGGAAGUGAACGGCACGCCCUUUCGGGCUGUCACCCACGAGGAGGCUCUCAAGAUGUUAAAGUCCUGUCGGACGUUAAGUAUGACGGUACGAGGUCCAGCCCUGGAUCCUCGAUGCAGAGGUGGUCAUCCAGUGUGGACCUCUUCCGGAAGACAACAAUCUUGUAGUUGGAUGGACCGACAGGGCCGCCCAGCAUCUCCACCCCCGCUUCAUCCGCGGGAUUCUCGAUAUGGUCCAAGGUCACGCAAGGUUGAACUUUGCAUAGAACCGGGUCAGUCCUUGGGGCUUAUGAUCAGAGGUGGUCUGGAGUACGGUUUGGGUAUUUAUGUCACCGGGGUCGACAAAGAGAGUGUUGCUGAUCGUGCCGGACUUUUGGUUGGAGACCAGAUAAUUGAAGUUAACGGACAAAGCUUCGAGGAAGCAACUCACGAUGAAGCCGUCCAGAUCUUGAAAACGAAUAAGAGGAUGUCCCUUCUGAUUCGUGAUGUUGGCAAAGUUCCCCAUUCAUGCACGACAAGUACGCCGAUGGUCGCUCCUGUAUCUAGGUAUCAGGAUCACGAUUCAUUGCUCCUGGAGAGUUCUGCAAAUCAUCGAUCUCCUAGUCCAAUCACUAACGAAUGGAGACAUCGAGGCAUCCACUCAAUGUCGGCAGCCACUGCAGCAAUGGUGGAGGAGAAAGCGAGGGUAGUUCUUGCCAGGAGUGAAAGAGCAGCCCUCUCACAACUUCUCGCUGAUUACAGAACACGAAGGAUAACAGUUGAGGAACUCGUCUCAAGUCUCGCGGAUCUUCUAAAUACCAACGAAAAGCUUACAUUACUUAUAGAGCUCAGGGAGCUCAUUGAAGGCAAAGACAGAGCAGUCUUUGACGACUUAGUCUACAGGCCGCGUCUUGCAGUGACUAAUAGACGAAAAGGAGAUCGAGCCCAUUCGGAUUUGGUGGUGACGCCUUCCCUUCACGACCUUCCGAGGGGUGUAUCCGGCGGUUGUUGCCGACCAGGACGACUGGUGGACGUCGAGGGAGAUCCCCUGGGAGUGACGGGACCACCUCUACAACGGGAAAACCAGGAAUAUAGGUCGCCCAGCGAGGACAGCGGUCUCGGGGCUGAUAUGCCCAGGACCAGAGUGGGCUGCAGAAGGGGUCAGCAGCACCAGGUCGCCACCUCUGACCUCGCCCUCUCCAACGAUGACGAGUGUGACAAUCAGGACUACGACGAUGAUAUCGAAAAUGAUCGAGGUCGUCGGCAUAGUUCCCCCGGUGGUGCUCGUGGAAACCCUCGGGAUUACCAUCAUCAGCUUCAUACUGAAAAUAUGGAGAGCGACGGAGGUUGCGAUGGUAGCGACGCCGAGAUGAUCGGUAACGGAAGGAGGAGAGAUCGUGAUCGCGAUACUGUGGAUGAUGAAGAAGGAAGGGAGGAGAGGAACUCGGAGAGUGGGGGAGGUUUCGGUGGUUGGAGGUCUCACCUACUUGGUGGCCUCACUCAACGUGUGAAAUCCUGGUACUGGGGCGCCAGGCCCCUCGAACUCGCGCACAAGUUAUCUCGCAGCUUCGACAUGCAGGGAGCUCAGCUCCUCGACGAAAAUGGUUCAGGAAGUGGAACUACCGGAAGUGCCGGUUCAGGAGGACCACCUCGAAGACACCACAGUGCCCAAAGAUUAGCUAGAGGUGAUUUGUCUGAAAGACGAGAAGAAGAUGCGGCUCUAGUUGUUCCAGAUCAUCAGGGUAACCUAAGAAUCACUGUCAAGAAGACCAAGUCGAUUUUGGGUAUUGCCAUCGAAGGAGGAGCCAAUACCAAACAUCCCCUGCCCAGAAUAAUCAACAUUCAUGACAAUGGAGCAGCUUAUGAAGCUGGCGGCCUCGAGGUGGGUCAACUCAUUCUCGAAGUCGACGGGCGCAAGGUCGAAGGACUACACCAUCAAGAGGUAGCCAGACUAAUUGCAGAGUCCUGGGCACGUAGGGAUCGCAACGAGAUUGAGUUCCUCGUCGUCGAGGCGAAAAAGAGCAACUUAGAGCCGAAACCAACGGCUCUAAUUUUUCUAGAAGCGUAGCAGGAAUCUCCCACCUCAGAGCCAGAGCCACCAUAGCCAAGAGCCCCCAGAGUACUUGUUUUGAGAAAAGUCGAUUUGGAUGCUGAAGAACAAGAGAGUGCCGGAUGAAAAAGUUAUUGGGUUCGAAAUGAGAAUUCUCUUCCUGCUUAUAAAUGUCACACUCAAGUGAUAUAUAGUUUGAAGGCAAAAGAAGCGAGUCCACAGAACAAAGAUAGAAAAUCAGAGAUAAUAGAACAGCAAGAGGAAAAACAAGGCAACUAUUAGACAAGCACA